UUACUCAACAUUUGAACAUAGGCUCUCCUGCUUGGACGUAGAAUUUGCUUUUAUUUUUGGGGAUGAGUGCCAAAAAGGCUUCCUCGCGCGGUGCUCCGCCCGGCAUACAGUUCAGCACGCCCGUCGGCGCACCCGAAACCAAGCGCAAGAUGCUGCUCUACAAGCGGCUUCUGAGCAGGGAGCUGCUCCGCGAUGAGCGAACUCCGCAGCAGAUCCGCUCGGCCCGGAGGCGGAGAGAGCAGCAGGAGGCCGAAGGCGUGUUUCCAACCUCCUGAUCAAUGCAGACACCCAACAGGAGCAUUAUUCAAAACGAAUA